CUGUGAGCCGUACAUGUGACAGCUGGGGGCACAGGAACUGACCAGGAGGGACCGCUCCAGGAGUCAGAAUUUUCCCAACUCUUGACGGAGCUGCGUGGCGCUCACUGCCUCCUGGAUAAGUAGACUGCAACCAAAAGAAGGACCAUGGAUUUGGAAGAUGGAGUCCAGGCUGAGAAGGGGAGCCAUUUGACUAGCAUUUUGAAGGAUGAAUAGAAAUUCAUCAGGAAGCCUCUCUGGAUGUAGGAAGCCCAGCUGAACAGGCAUGGCAUGGGGCAAUGGCACAGGCCAGGCCCUGGACGCGCCGCCCACCAACUGCGUCUACCGAGAGACCUUCAAGCAACUGCUGCUGCCACCUGUGUACUCGGCGGUGCUGGCGGUGGGCCUGCCCCUGAACGCCUGUGUCAUCGCCCAGAUCUGCACGUCCCGCCGGGCCCUGACCCGCACAGCCGUGUACACCCUGAACCUGGCCCUGGCUGACCUGCUGUAUGCCUGCUCCCUGCCCCUGCUCAUCUACAACUACGCCCAAGGUGACCACUGGCCCUUCGGAGACCUCACCUGCCGCCUGGUCCGCUUCCUCUUCUAUGCCAACCUCCAUGGCAGCAUCCUCUUUCUCACCUGCAUCAGCUUCCAGCGUUACCUAGGCAUCUGCCACCCUCUGGCCCCCUGGCACAAGCGUGGGGGCUGCCGGGCUGCCUGGCUAGUGUGUGGAGCUGUAUGGCUGGCCGUGACAACCCAGUGCCUGCCCACUGCCCUCUUUGCCUCCACAGGAAUCCAGCGGAACCGCACGGUCUGCUAUGACCUGAGCCCGCCCGCCCUGGCCACCCGCUACAUGCCCUAUGGCAUGACCCUCACGGUCAUCGGCUUCCUGCUGCCCUUUGUCGCCCUUCUGGCCUGCUACUGCUGCCUGGCCCGUCGUCUGUGCCGCCAGGAUGGCCCAGCAGGGCCAGUGGCCCAGGAGCGGCGUGGCAAGGCAGCCCGCAUGGCUGUGGUGGUGGCAGCUGCCUUUGCCAUCAGCUUCCUGCCUUUCCACAUCACCAAGACAGCCUAUCUGGCAGUGCGCUCUACACCUGGCGUCUCCUGCCCCGUGCUGGAGGCCUUUGCAGCAGCCUACAAGGGCACACGGCCCUUCGCCAGUGCCAACAGCGUGCUGGAUCCCAUCCUCUUCUACUUCACCCAGAAGAAGUUCCGCCAGCGGCCACAUGAGCUGCUGCAGAAACUCACGGCCAAGUGGCAGAGACAGGGUCGCUGAGUCCACCAGGGCAGGACACCUGGGGGCAGGGCAGCCAUUGUGUUUGCCACUGUGACUAGGGCACCAGAAGCUCCACCAGCUCCAAAGCAUGCAGAGAAUUAGAGCUUAGCCCAGCUGGGCAUAGACUGAGGCCCUCACAGACCCCGAAACUUCAACAACUAUUUAUUAAACCCUUUUUCUGAACCAGGCUCCACGGGUACAGAGAGAG